CAAGGUUAGUUCUUGAAAUAAAUAUUUACAUAUGCUAUAUAUUAGAUUUGUUUGUUCUUGGGAAUUGUUUGAAAACGUUGUAUGUUAUAGAAAUAUUAAACAGGCCUUAGGGCCCGGAUUCUUAACGUAUAAAAUGUCAAUAUUAGCUAAAAUGAUUAGAGCUUUAAUAUUAUCUAAUGUUUUUUUAGAUUCUCAAACCUUCACUCAGAUUCUCCGAGAUAUAACUGAACUCGAACCGGCCGUAGGGUCUCCGGAACAAAUUGUUUACAUCCCAACGCCGACCCUGAAUUGUACUGAAAUACAUCCUAGAACGGGUGCCAUAGGGAGUCUACACGGUUUCUGUGAAGGAUAUGCCUACGAGACAAUUGUGCCCUACUCCCAGGAUGUAUUUACACACAAGCCGCAAACAGAGACUUUAAACGGCCUGUCAACUCCCCUGACCCAGGACCGUUGGACGCCCCCUAUUAAACACCAACGGACAAUCAGGGCCCAGAUCCACAGGUCCGCUUCACCCGAACAAUACUACUGGGAGGGUAUUCACGAGACAGCGUUACAAGGACAAGGCUCACAAGCUACAGACCAGGCAGAUGCUAUAAUUAGGGUUGCCCAAAGACAUGUUCCCGAGUUCUCAGAGCUUCUUCAGAACAGCCCUCUUCAAAAAAGCCGAGACUCCUCGCCGGCUUAUAAAGACAUCCAAGAAGCUACACAUCUAGAUCCCGAAGAGGCGCCAAAGACCCCAGUCACCAGAACAGCGAAGCCUGAUGAUUUCAAAGUUUUAAAUGACAUUUCUGAGGUAGACGAUUUGAUGUUCUGUGAAGUGGCCAACCUUAUUGAAGCGGCCAAUUCUGGUGGGGCAACAGCCUCUUGUGAAAUAGACCAAGCCGUGCUUUUCAAGGCUUUUACACAGGGUUUAAAAUCACGAAAGGCUUUACUUCAACGUCGUAUGGGUAUUCUAUUCGAACAUCAAUACAAUCAGGAUGUGUCAUUCUGGCGUAGAGAGCUUCCCCGCAUGUUAAACAACAGUAGGGUUAAAACAAGGCCGGAGUGGAAGCAGAUUGAUCCAUGCUUGAUCGAUGACGCCUGA